AUGAUUUUGAUAGAAAAUGUGGGGCCUGCCUCCCCAAAACCACAUAACAGAGAGUGGAUCAAGAGACUGAGAUGGGGCUGCCUUUUUGCUCUUAUGGUGCUUAUUUAUGGAUCUCAUGCACCGCUUAUUACAUUGACCAAAGUUCACGGUGAGGUUCCUUUUAACCCCUCCUCAUGUGUGGUCAUGAUUGAGUUAGCGAAACUCCUGAUUUCCCUGGUGUCUCUCAUUCUAACUGGGAGUUUUUCUUCACUACAGUCUUGCCCCCCCUUGCUCAUUAUUGCCCCCUAUGCCAUCCCAGCUGUAUUGUAUGCUCUGAACAAUAACUUGGUAGUUCUUAUGCAAGCUUAUAUGGACCCAAGUUCAUAUCAAGUGCUGAGCAACUUGAAAAUUGCCUCCACUGCUCUCUUGUACUCUUUCUGUUUGGGCAAGAGGUUAAACUUUAGACAGUGGUUUGCCUUGGGGCUUUUAAUGGCAGCGGGGGCAUGCCAUAGUUAUAGUAGUUUAGAUUUAGAUGAAAGUGAAAGCAAAGACAAUGCAAAUGAACAUUCAAGAUUACACAUUACAGCUUGGGGGCUUUUCCUUGUAAUGGUAUAUUGCUGUGUGUCAGGGUUGGCAGCGGUCUACACAGAAAUGGUGCUAAAAAGACAGAAAUUACCUCUCAGUUUGCAAAAUCUAUACCUAUAUGUGUUUGGGGUAGGAAUAAAUCUCGUGUCCUCAUUUUCCACAAUAGCCAAUGAGAGAAGAUUUUUGGAGGGGUACUCUGUUGUAGUUUGGGUCAUCAUUGCAGGGCAAGCAGUAAAUGGCCUCUUGAUGUCUGUAGUGCUAAAACAUGGCAGCGGGAUCACCAGACUGUUUGUAAUCUCCUGCUCUAUGCUUGUGAAUGCACUCAUAUCAUGGGCUGUGUUAGAUCUACAACUUACUCCAGUUUUCCUGCUUCCUGUCAGUAUGAUUGGACUGGCUGCGUAUCUUUACUACAGAUAG